GACUGGGGGUGAAGUUAUGAUCGUCCUCAAGUAAAUAUUGAGGUUAACUAGAGUUUGAUUGCUGCUAAGCAAUCCUAGAAUCGAAUCUAUCUACAUGGUAAUGAGCGUGCCUUAUAUAGACUAUGUUCCGAAUGUGAUCUCUCCUGAUCUGUCACAGAUCGCAGAGAUCACUUCCCUUGAUCUGUUGUGAUCCCUCAAUGAUCACUGAGAUCACUCUCUUGGCAAUCACGUGAGGUCACGUGAUUCCUUCUUAUGUAAUCCUCUUUCUGCCGGUCGGUGAUUUCUCUGGGCGGGUGUCGUCAGGAGGGGUGUGACCCCACCUGGCCUCCCUGGUACCGGCCCAACUGUCUGGUCGUAACAUCAGGUCUCCUCUCCUUUGGCCAAGUCCCUUUGGCCUUUAAAUAUCGUGUAGCCAAACCAAAAUCUGGUCGUUCGUCGACAGAACGUCGCCACGCCCUUCUUUCUUCCCUGUUGUCGACGGAUACCGUUGAAAUGCCUUCCUGCAGUCCCUGCCGUGCCAAAGGCGCAGCGUCUUGUCAGGUAUCUCCUCAGGAUUCUGCUCGCUGUGUGGAAUGUGUUCGUUCCAAUCGCUCUGGGUGUGACGUGUUGGGUCUGUCCGCUGCUCAAAUCCGUCACAUUGGUCGUCAGCACUCGAAAUUGGAUGCGGAGGUCGAGGCGCUUGAGGAGCAGAUCCAUGUGCAGCAGGCGAAGUUGCUUCGUCUGCGAAAACAAAAGAAACUGUGGUUUGAAAAGAUGAUGCGAGCUGUGUCUCGCGGAAUUGAUGACUUGGAGGAAUUGGAUCGGGUGGAGCGUGAGGAGGCGGAACAGGAGGAGCGUCGACGAUCAACCGAAGUCCUGCCUAAAAUGUCCUUGGAGUCGCUUCUUCCGGAUUCCAAUUUUGUCUGGAAUUCGACUUUCCCGAUGGGUCCUCUGAAUCCUUCGUUGUUGGAUGAGAUGAAUGUUUUUGCGCAACAUUCCGUUGGUUCGUCUGGUGGUAUGGUUUCGAGUCCUGGUCGGCCCUUAACUUCUGGGAAUGAUCCAAUUCCUGAUAGUAUUGGCGGAGCGGUUCCUGGCAAUCCUGGAGGUGGUUAAGGGGUUCCCAAAUGUUUUCUUUAUGCCCAUAGUUUUCCCAUUUAACAAGGUACUCUGUUUUGCCGUGGUUUCGUCUGUGGUCGAAUAUUCGUUUAACGUCGUAGGUUUGUUCUGCGUCG